AUGGGCUUCGUCCCUGGACCCAGCGAUCCCUUCUAUGAGCUUAUGCAGCCGCCACCGGACGAGACACCAGCCCAGGCCACAGCUCGCCAGAAACGAGAGCUAGAUGCUCAGAGGAUAAACGACAGGAUAGACGAGGAAAUCAAGCAGGAGCGCGCUCGCGCGAAGAAAGAGCGUAAUGUUAUUAAACUUCUUCUAUUGGGGCAAUCGGAGAGUGACUUUCGCAUGCGAUAUGCAAAGGAGGAAUGGGAAGAGGAACGUAGCGGCUGGAGAUCGGUCGUACAGCUCAACAUCGUUCGCUCAAUAACAACCAUCAUUCGCAUCGUCGAGGCCGAAAUGAACGGGGACGCUGCAGACUCUGAGGAAGAGCAGAUUAUCGCCAUGGAGGAGCGGGACCAGGAAGAAAAUGAAGGGCUCAAAUUCACCGAUAGACACCAGCUUCUCAUGAUACGACUUGCACCGUUGUUGGGCGUCGAGGCAGAGCUGAAGCGCCGUCUAGGAGCCGGUGCUGCUGAACCUAUGCAGACCGCUCCAAUGGCUGCCACACCCUUCGAACUGCCUCAGCAACCCAACCCCAGGCGAAAGAAGGCCGCCGAGUUCUCGGUCCGUUCGUGGAAGGACGUUCUGGACAAAGAGUCUCGAAUACAAAGCUCGGACGCAGCGGCGACAGGUGUCGAUCUCCCCACCAUGACACUGGCCGCUUUGAAGGACGAUAUGAAGGCCCUUUGGCAAGACAAGACAAUACAGCAGGCUUUGCAGCGAAACAAGGUCCAGCUCUCCGACUCAGCAGGCUUCUUUUUGAAUGACCUCGAUCGCAUCGCGACCCGAGACUAUGUCGUGACUGAUAAUGAUAUCGUCAGGGCGCGUUUACGAACAGUUGGAAUACAAGAGCAUAAGCUCGUCUUCAGUCACGGUGGGGGACACCAUGGCUGGGAAUGGCGGAUAUUCGACGUUGGAGGAUGUCGUACUUUGCGAGCUGCGUGGUUACCCUAUUUUGAGGGAGUCAACGUGAUCAUCUUUUUGUCCCCUGUUUCGGUCUUUGAUCAAUGGUUGGAAGAAGACCCUCGCGUCAACCGUUUGGAAGAUUCCAUCAUACUGUGGACAUCCAUCUGCCAGUCAAAGCUUCUAGCAAAAACCCAAUUGAUCCUCUUCCUCAACAAAUGUGACCUUUUGCGUCGGAAGCUGAAGCGAGGCGUCAAGGUCAAUCAGUAUCUACCAAGCUAUGGGGACAAACCCAAUGAAGUCAUUUCUGUUGUGAAAUACUUGCGGGAAAAGUUCAAGGACAUUCAGAAGCAGUGUUCUCCGGAACACAGGUCGGCCUACAUUUAUCCAACCACCGUCACUGACACGGAAGCUACUGCGAUUACGCUAGAGUCGGUCCGGGAUGGUGUCCUGCGCGAAAACCUAGCCGCUUCUCAGCUCAUCUAA